AUGGGAUAUCUGCAUUGCCUUCUAAUCCUCUUGCUGGCCAGGGUUUUCCUGAUAGCGGAAUCGUCAUUUGCUGAUUACAAAGAAGCCCUGUUCGACAUUGAUUCCGUCAUCCCUUCUCAUGGCAUAGCUACAUGCAAUGGUCGAGUCGGCGAUUGCAUCGAUGAAGCUGAAGAAAUGAUGCUUGAUUCUGAGGCUAGCCGGCGGGUACUGGCUCAAACUCGUUACAUUAGUUAUGAUGCCCUGCGUAGAGGUCCACAGAUAAGAAAGCAACUUCAAGCUGCACUAAAAGCUGGAGCUGCAAAAUAUGACUUUAAUCUGGUCCAUAAGAACCCGGCCGGCCGAUUUCAGUGCCAUAUCCAUCAGGAACUCUAG